GUUCGUGACCUCAUUCGAGAGUACCACGACGUUUUCCCAUCGUCGUUCUCGUACGCUGGCAUCCCACCGAUGCGCGACGUCGAGCACUCCAUCCAGCUUGUGCCUGACUAUCGUGUUCACCACCAGGCACCCUAUAGACUCUCGAUCCCCGAGGCCACUGAACUCAAGCGUCAGCUUGAGGAGCUCCUGAGACUGGGUUUCAUUAAACCCAACAACUUCCCGUGGGGUGCAUCCGUCAUCUUUGCUCGCAAAGCGGAUGGAACUCUCCGUCUCUGCAUCGACUAUCGUGGCCUCAACCGCUACACGGUUAAGAACAACUACCCCAUGCCUCGUUCCGACGAGCUGUUCGGCCGCCUAGCAGACAACCGCUUCUUUACGAAGAUUGAUCUUCGUAGCGGUUACCACCAGAUUCGCGUCGCUGUAGCCGACCAGCCGAAGAUAGCGUUCCGAUCGCGCUUCGGCCACUACGACUUCAAAGUGAUGCUAUUCGGCCUCACCAACGCACCCGCUACCUUCCAGAGAGCAAUGAACGACAUCUUUAGGGACAUCCUGGAGCAGCACAUUCUCGUCUACCUCGACGAUAUCCUGGUCUACAGCCGUACCCUUGAGGAGCAUCUAAGACACCUCCACGACGUCCUUGACCGCUUGCGCAGACAUGGCUUCUACGCCAAGCUGAGCAAGUGUCGCUUUGCCCAGCACAAAGUGGAUUUCUUAGGACACUACGUGUCUGACCAGGGUCUCCACAUGGACGAAGAGAAGAUCACUGCUAUCGCGGAGUGGCCCGUCCCCACAUCCGUCAAGCAGUUUCGCAGCUUCCUAGGCCUUACUAGCUACUAUAGUAAUUUCAUCCAGGGAUACGCUAGGUAUUCCUACGUCCUUACCUCCACCCUCCUCCGGAAGAACCCACCCUGGGCUUGGACACCCCUCCACGAGGACGCCUUUCGCGCCCUCAAGAAGGCGGUGAAAUGCGCACCGGUUCUUCACCUUCCCGAUUUUUACCGCCUUUUUAUCCUUACCACCAAUGUGUCAGACUUUGCUGUAGGAGCAGUGCUUUCUCAGGUCUUCCCCUCCUCUCUUGAUUCCUCUCAUCCUCGUAUCCCUCGCUUCCCACCACCUACCCCUACCACUGCUUCCCGACUGACGCCAACUCGUUCAACUACUGACGAGCCUUCUAUUGAUUAUUCUCCUACCAUCGCCGAGGACGGUACUGUCGAGUCUCGCUCAGGUGAUUGUCCGAUAGCCUUCUACUCCCGUCAGCUUCUGCCCGCCAAGAUAAACUACACUGCUGAUGAACGUGAAGUUCUCGCAGUAGUUUAUGUCGCUCGGCACUGGCGUCACUACCUUCACGGGACACCUUUCAUGGUGCGCACAGAUAACUCUGUUGUCCAGGCUUUUCUAACAAAGCCGAAGCUCACUCCUCGACAAGCUCGCUGGUGGGGCGAUCUAUCCGAGUUUAGUUUCACCACUGAGCACAUCAAGGGUGAGAUUAAUCGGGUCGCAGAUGCCUUAUCCCGGCGCCCUGACCACGACCAGGAGCAAAUCCAUCUCUCUUCCAUCUCGGUCACCACCGUCCACCACUCGGUGAUCGACGAGUUUCGCACUCAGUACCGCCACUGCCCCGACUAUCGCAACAUCCACGCGACCCUUCGGAGUGGCAAGACCGUCCCGAACUACUCUCUCGGGGACAACGGUCUCGUGUACUGGCACGGUUCACAGGGCACCAGAGAGCCCUGUAUUUGCGUUCCCUCCACUAGACAGCAAAGUGUCCGAGCAGUAGCAAAGUUCCAUGACCAGGCAGCCACCGGUCAUAUGAGCUUUCACAAGACGUUGGCUCGCGUGAGCCGCUUGUACGUCUGGCAGAAGUGCAAGGACUUUGUGAAGGACUACGUCGCAUAGUGUCUCACCUGUCAGGAGGUGAACAGUGCGAACCACUUGCCUU